CUUGGCUGCUCCGUCAGUAGCGCAGUUGUGGGUUCUUCUAGUCGGUCGUCAUUUUCGCUUGCUCAAAGUGAGUUGGGGAAGAGAACCAAGUGGACGCCAUUGUGAAAAUUUGUGAAGAAAUUCGAGUGAAGUUUAGUAUUAAAUUUGUGAUAUUAAAUGAAGACUGUGCUAAUUAAGAAUCAACAACAAUAAACAGCAACCCCAAAAAUGGAUGAUGAUCAACAGUUCUGUCUCCGAUGGAACAAUCACCAGAGCACACUUAUCUCCGUGUUCGAUACACUUUUGGAGAAUGGGACGUUAGUUGAUUGCACAUUGGCGGCUGAAGGAAAGUUUCUGAAAGCACACAAAGUCGUUCUCUCGGCGUGUAGUCCGUAUUUUGCGGCACUACUUUCACAACAAUACGACAAACACCCUAUAUUCAUACUCAAAGAUGUAAAAUUUCAAGAACUACGUGCCAUGAUGGACUACAUGUACCGUGGUGAAGUGAACAUUUCGCAAGAUCAGCUUGCGGCACUUCUCAAAGCGGCCGAAUCCUUGCAAAUCAAGGGCCUGUCGGAUAAUCGAAGUUCGUCCGCCGCGCCAUCACAACAAAAGCAGGCACAAAACGAAGCUGCGGCAACGAAGUCGCUCGUAGCACCUGUGGUACCUGCAAACAAGGCAUCGGGCUUAACGAUCGAAAACAAAAGGCCUUUGAAGUCGGAUAUAUUAGAAUCAGAUGUAUCCGGAUCUCGGGAAGGCUCCGUCAGCCCUACGUUAAGGAAACGUAAAAAAAUUCGACGGAGAAGUGUUGAUAACAAUAAUCUUAUAGAUAAUCAUGACCAGCAUUCAAAUUCCUCAUCACAUUCUAUGCACACAUCUUCGCAACCUCAACCGCAGCCAUUGACGUCGUCAGUUAUACCGACGAACAACACCGUUGCUACCUCCAUUUUAUCAUCAGCUACAACACCCUCAAAUAGUUCGAAUGUAUUGUCCACUCCCGUUGUUGCAGUUUCUGCAGCGGCAGCUGCUUCUACAAAAAAGACUGAUCCCGUUCAACAGCAGCAAGUCGCCGAAGCUUUAAAGUUACAGCUGGUAAAGCAUCAAAGUCAGCAGCAGUCGGUCCAGCAACAGCAACUGCAACAAACUCAGCAGACAGACGAUGAAGAACGAAGCAAUGCUGAACACGCUGAAGGACUAGAUGAUCAAGACUCGGACAAUGACACGGACGACUCUCAACGUCCUUCACGUGGAGGACCGGCUGAAGCUCAGGACGUAAAAACAAUCAAUCAAUCCGAACUAAUGAUUGAACCGAAAAAUGAGUAUGACGAUGGUCAAGAUGAAAAUGUCGAAGAUUUAACUCUGGAUGAGGAAGAAUUAUUGGAUGAUUUGGAUCAAGCAGGACCCAGUCAUGGUGGAGAAGGCUCUAGUCAAAGUUAUGCCCAAUGGCAAAUGGAUCGAGAACACAAUGAAGCGUUUAUGGCUGCUCAAGACGCAGUCGGUGGACAACAUCGAGAUGCGCAAGCGGAAGAUUUAAGCAUCACAAAGAUUGGUGGUCUGACAUGGGAUCAGUUGGAUGCACGCCUUGCAAUGCCGCUGUUAUCGUCGAGCGGAGCGAUGCCCCUUAUGACUACAUUUCGAGAAGGGGCACUGCCACUAAUCUUUCCACGAGACCUUUCAAUAAGCCCUGUCGAUUCGAAAGCAGGGUUACUUGGUGUCUCUAUUAAUAGCGGCUGUGGAAAUUCCAGUCUAAUUGCGAUGGAUGCCAACGGUGGUAGCGCAGGUGGUUUUGCUUGUCCGGAUUGCGGCCGCGUUUACAAAUUAAAGUCGUCUUUGCGUAAUCACCAGAAAUGGGAGUGUGGCAAGGAACCUCAAUUUCAGUGUCCUUAUUGUGUAUACCGCGCAAAACAGAAAAUGCAUAUAGGGCGACACAUGGAGCGUAUGCAUAAAGAACGCUUUUUCAAACUAGAAGAUGACAAAGUGGUUGCAAUUGAAGAUCCAACAAAUAUGCCAUUGGAUCUAAACAGUACGGUUUAGGCAACACAGCGGUAAAGAAAUCGAGCAUAAUGUACAAUCUAAUAUAUAAAUCUAAUAGUAAAAAGUGCAUAAAACAGUGAUAUUACAAAAAAGUAAAACAGUUUUAUUUAUAUUGAGUACGUUACAUGUCUUCCACAGAAAUAUUGUCAUUAUAUUGUUUAAAAGGGUGACUUUAAAGCAGAAGUUUAUCAUUCCAAAUAACAAAAAUUGUAAGAACAUUCCAGAUAUAUGUAUUUAAAAAAAAAUCACAAACUCAAUGAUAAUUCAUUCCAACAGAAAAUAAUAGAUAAAAAAACAUCAAAACAAAUGUUAUUAACUUAGCUAUUGUUCUGUGUGUUUCAUGGGCAGGUCAUGUUUGAACACAGUAUUCUGUAUUCCAUCAUAGUAAAGAGAAAGCACAAAGUGCAUUCUCCGUUGCUUCGAAGUUCAAGUUGAAAUUGUAUAGGUUAAGAAAAGCAUCAAAGACAAGACUCAACGAAAAAACUGCAUUUGUUCUAACCAUUAACCACAUAUCAAGGUGAUAGCAAGCGAUUCUUUCGGGAGAGUUGUUAUUAUUCAUACAUAUAAAGGGUAAAGUUCUAUUAUGACGAUCGGCGUUCUAUAUUUUAAUAUAAUGUUUCAAUAUUUAAACCAAGAAGGUAAUGAUUAGCUUGAAGAGUGGUACAAUUUCCUAGAGUUCCAUUUUCAAGAUUGUGAUUUAUCGAAAUGAACAUUUCCUUGUGAAAUUCUGGUUAAUGCUAUUUGAGCAAUGGACUUGUUGGAAAUGUCAUACCACUGUAUCAAUUAAUAUACAUAAAAAGCAACAAACUACAGUUUUACCAUGUUUUUUCAUCGAAGGAACAUAUUGAAGGUCGUAUGGCCGUACAAGGCAUUCCCCUCCCAACAAUUACACAACCGUGUGGAAUUUGUCAUACUGUUACCGAUUUGUUUUGCAUAUAAAAAUAUUCAUGAGAAUGUAUGCGGACCAUAUUAUACAGACUAAUAUAAAAACAACGUCUUACCUCAAUGAUAAUUUAAUGUAAUAUUACCUUUCGUUUGGCUUAGGUAUAGAAUAUAUACGUUUAAACAAAAUAUAUAUAUAUAUAUAUAUACACAUAUGUAAGAAAAAUAACAAGUUAUUUUAGUUAUAUGUUUCCUACCACAUGUGCCUUUAAGUAAUAUUAUUACACAACAUAUUAGUAAGACAAGAAACAUAAAUGAUGUGUACAAAAUAUUUAGCGCUACGUAUAAAUAUGUUAUGCUUUCUACUUUAUUUCAAUCAAUCGUUUGUGAGAUAUUUUAUAUUUUAUAAAAAAAAUUAUCAUGAGUUUACUUGUUGAGCUGGUAUAAGAAAUUUUUUUUACUUCUGUGAACAGGGUGAGAGAAAGCUGCUUAAGCAGCUUAAAUAUCAUACACUGGCCGGCAUAAUACCGUGCCCACUUAGCGUUUUUCAGACAAAAUGGUCAACUUUGGAGCUCUAGAUCUCGGUUGCCCGUGAACCGAUUUUGCUGACAAUUUGACCAGAGCCCAGUUGUAACUUGAAUUUUACCAUAUCAAAAACCAUAUUGAUUCAUAGGCUAAAAAAAUAUUAAACUGACACAAAAUGAUUUUUCCAAAAAAAAAAUGUUUUUUGGCUGAGCAUGUCAUCAGUCUACAAAAAAUUAAAAAUAUUAAAAAAAUAAAUCUUUGCCAAAAAAAACAUUUUUAUAUUACCGCAUUAAUGUUUAUUAUGUGAAUCAAUAUCUAGAGCUCCCAAGUUGACCAUUUUAUAUGGAAACCGGUCAGUGGGCACUUUAUUAUGGCUACCAGUGUAUAUGCGUAUACAUACAUAUACUUACGUAUAUACUGUCGUUAUACGCAUAAGAGUAGACGCGACCGCGCGAUGCUACGCGACAGAGCAAUUUGACAAUUAUUCAUUGAUAAUAAUUGUUAUUCCUUUAUGUGAAUCGCGUCGCGUUUGGCUUCACUUUGGCAGGCACCUGAGAUUCCCGUGUACACACGAAUCCCAGCAAACAUGGGACAAAUAUGACGGCGGUAUACUAUAGUUAUACGCAUAGUUGUCCCAUGUUUGCUGGUAUUUCCCAUGUCCAUGGGACAUUUAUGCGUAUAACGGAAGUAUAUGUUUAUACAAAUAUGUAGUGUUUGUUCAUUCUACCACAGAAGCUAAUUGAACAGUGCCAAUUAUCCCAUAAGUGUGAACAAAAUUGUAAUUAUAUUUUAGUUCAUUUAUUGACCAGGUAGACUAAUUUCAAUUAUUCAUUUCAGACAAAGGUUGCAGUGGCAUUUGCUGCUCAUAAAAGUUAUCUCCAAUCCACUUGGGUCUAUGCUGCAUGUCGCCAACCAACUAGAUCGCGCUAGUUUAAAUCAUAUCAACCUUAUUAUAUGCUGGCCUGUAAGCUGGUCGCAUAAAAAUGUAUAGUUUCAUUAUCAACUUUUUAUUGAAGACAACAAACACUAGUACAGUGGAUCAACCUUUUGCCAGCACUACCGCGCUCGUAUAUAGCUUUGUGCAUUUUGCAAGUAUUUUUUUAUUAUACAUACCUUUAAAAUAUAUUUUGGAAAUAUGAAAACUGAUCGUCGCCUCAAUAGACAUGGUAUUGUAACAAUGAAUAUAAGUUGUCGUAGUUGAAUUCGGACAUUUUGAAAGUUAAAUUCUCUAUUGAAAAUAAUAGUUCUAUCCUUUCACUCAUUGCAACCUACAUACUUCAAGUCGGUUUGUGGUUGCGCAUUCAACCUACUUCGAGUCACUCGUAACAGAUUCGAAGUUGAAGAGGCUGUCAGUUUUGGAGCAAAAUUAAAACAUUAGCGUCCAUUGAGAACAGAACCUGAACUUUUAGUAACUUUACAGCUCUUUGUUGACGAACAACUCGAGCAAGUCAAAGCAACUUCAAUUUACUUCGAGCUUACAUUUUACGGAUUUGAUGACAUGUGAUUGGGCACGGUCUACUGAAAAACAUGUGGUGUAUUAUUUUGCGAAUAAUAUAGAAGCCAUCUUGUGAGAAUUAGAGAUAUUUUUCAUUAUCUUCAUUCAAAUAUUUGGUGCACAUAGCUAAUAUAGUGUUGCAAUAUAGCGUUCUUAAUGUUGGUACACAACCCUUAUGAUUUCGAUAUUUGCAGAAUUAAGAAUUAAGCGUGGUCACAGUGUCACUUGACUUGGCUGACUUGGCUGAAAUGGACCGAUAGGUCUGCGCCAAACGAGAAAAAGAAAGAAAGAAAGAAGAAAACGUGGGGCACAGUGUCACAGUAGCACAGCAUUUCCCAUGUUACUAUUUGAAAGCUUUUCUAUGCCCGCUUUUGCAUAAAUAUGUAUCUUGUGUGGCAAGCACAAUGAGGGGCCCUAUUUAGCCGUGCGGUAAAACGCGCGGCUACAAAGCAAGACCAUGUGAGGGUGGCUGGGCUCUUUUCCCGGUGCUGGUCUAAGGAAUUUUCGGAUUGGAAAUUGUCUCAAUUUCCCUGGGCAUAAAAGUAUCAUUGUGUUAGCCUCAUGAUAUACGAAUGCAAAAAUGGUAACUUGGCUUAGAAACCUCGCAUUUAAUAACUGUGGAAGUGCUUAAUGAACACUAAGCUGCGAGGCGGCUCUGUCCCAGUUUGGGGAUGUAAUGCCAAUAAGAAGAAGAAGAAGAAGAAGUGGCAAGCACAAUAGAUGCAUUAUUACUUUAUAUCAUAUUAGGAGAAUGUAGGGCAAGAUGUUCAUAUGGAGCAAGUAGGCCAACCUGUUUUUUGUAGGUAAUCAUAUUGAAAUAUGCUAAUAUUUUAAAAACCACGAUAGCUACUUGCAAACAACAUGGGCUUUUACUUUAGGACCAAGUUAAGGUUUCAAGUUAGAAUAAAUGUUUUCUAAUAAUUCUUCUAACUUUUUGCAAUGCAUGCAGGUCUAUCCAUAUUACGAAAAAUAAAAACAUUCAAAUUUUAUCCAUGUGAUUGAUAGAUAUCGAUAAAUCGCAUGGAUAGAAUUUGAAUGUUUUCAUUUCGAAAUACGGGAGAAUACCAAAAGAUUGACAUAAUUUGAUAUGAGACAAGCAGGGGAAAAUGAUCAUAUAACAUUUGAAAAAUCCAUUUAGAUUUGUUUACGAGAUAAUCCAGGACCACCCACAACCAAAAAGUUGAUUCGGAGCUAGUUAGCAAUCAGCAAUGUAUCAUUGAUUAGGGUGAUCAUCUUGCCCCGUAUUCCCAUAAAUUAAAAUAAAAUGCGUGAAUUUUGACAUACACUACUUUUUAUCAAGUGAUAAAACUUGUAGUUUGAAUAGUCUAUAAAAAGAAAAUAUUGAUAUGCAAAAUACUUGCAUUUUUGAAAAUUAAGCUGCACUAGGCAUAUAUGCUGGAAUUAUCUGGGAAUGAAUUCUCUGCGGUAAGAUGUGCGGCUACAAAGUAAGACCAUGCUGAGGAUGACUGGUUCGAUUCCCGGGUAGGGUCCUUAUGAUAUAAGUGCAAAAAUUGUAACUUGGCUUAGAAACCUCGCAGUUAACAACUGUGGAAAAGCUUCAUGAACACUAAGCUGCGAGGCGGCAUGGUUCCAGUAGGGGAUGUCAUGCCAAUGAAUAUGAAGAAGAAUUCUCUUUUUCUAAGUGGUUCGAACUUGGUAUGUAUCAAAGUGCCUGAAUAUAAAAGUGGCGCCAUACUGCUACCUUUGAAAACCUUGUGUUUUAUUUGGGCAACCGAUUUGGCAAACGCGCUGUUCAAAUUUUGACAUGGCGUCUCUUUGUUAUUAAUCCAGCCCAGUGGCGUAGCCAGAAAAUUGGUAUGGGACGGGUCUUCCGAACAGUUUAAAAAAAAAUUCUUCUAAAAAUUUUGUCUGUCAUAAAAUUAGCCUCCCAAAAUAUUUAUAAUUCCAAACAUUUGGCCUUUGUAAAUAUACUGGUCUAGUAACUGGACAGAAUAACAUAGAGAAACAUUGAACAUCACUUGAACAUAUCUGUCGUUUAUUGAGAGAGAAAUUUCAGAAUAUCUGUUCUGCUGCUGUACUACAUUGUGUAGACGAAGAACGGGACUUCUCAAUAUCGGCUGAUUUUAAACUCAAAGGGAUUAGGUCUACUUAUCUAGGGAAAGUGAUUGGUUUCAUAAACCACAUCAUCUCUGGAAGGAAACCGUCGUGGCAAAUGACCUGUAAAUUUGUGGUUGCUACUACCAUUGGGCGUAUUCUAUGAGUAGAAUGACGUAACGUGAGUCGAUUUAAGCUAUUUCGUGUUGGUCAUAUGUCGAAUUUCCCGAACCCCGUAAAGUAUGGUACGUGCACGGUAUCAGUAAGGGUCUACAUGAAACAAAAAUUAAAGGCUUGGAUAUUUCAACAAAUGACAGCCCUCUAAAGGAUUUAUUUUUAUUUUAUUCUAUUGUUUGUAUCCAAAUAAAUACCUGACUCAGUUUCAAUUCACAUACUGAAUCACAUUGUACAAAAAAAGCCCAGUACACUAGUUUUGCAACACAUAUUGUACAGUUAUUAACGAUGGAAGUCACAACGAUUUUUAUGAUUGAGAAAAACUGUCAACUAUGUGUUGAUUUGAGUCAAUGUCUAAUGUAAUGUGACUAAACCAGCAAUCGCAAAAACAAUCAGACCUUUGUUUAAUUGAAAUUCAUUCAUAGAAACGAUUCUACAGCUAUAAAUUUAUAAUACAAAUUCAUAUAUACUAAAUGAAGCCAUUGGAUUUCGAUCAAUGUAUUGUUAAACAAAGUUAAACAAAACGCAUAGAUCUGCAAAUCCACCAUACAUCACACUUAAAAAUUCAGCUUUUGUAAUUAACUAUUUGCAAGUGAGUCAAACUAAAUAGUUGUAGCAUGCCUGUUUUUGUCUAUGAAUUAUGUUAUAAUAAAAGCGCUGUAAUUAAUAAUUAUUUUCGAGCGUCUUAGGGGAAAAUGUUACACAGUUUUCCUUUUACUUCCACUAAUUUGUUUUUUUGUCGAUAAACAACACACUGAAGAUGUCCACAAGUAGUGGACGAAAUACGUAUUUGUGUAGACAUGAAAAAACAAAUUAGUGGAAGUAAAAGGAAGAUAUUUUUUUAAAACCAUAAAAGCGCUGUAGCUCGGAAUCUCUGAAUUCAGUAAAAAAAAGUUCAUAAAAAACUGUUUUUCGAUUCAACUGCAUCCUGCACUAGGAAGAAUAAUUCAAAUGCAUUACCAAUUCUUUAUGUUCCAAACGUAUUUUUUGUUUUAUUUUUAAUUGCCACCACUGUUCAAUGGCUGUCUGCAGAAUGAUUUCAAAAAUAGUAUGUUAAUUCGCGUAAACUCGUGUGUAUUAGGAAUUCCCUAUUUUUUAGGUAUUAGAUUUUAAUGAAAUUGUUAUUUUAAUGCCAUGUUGUUUUCACAAUUGUGUAUCGAGUAGUAAGUUACGUGAGUGCUCUAUAUAUUUUUACUCCGUUGGCGCCCCAUUUGUGAAGAAUCUAAGUUACUCAGAAACAAAAAUAGAACAACACUAUUGAAUUGCCAUCAAAGAACUUUCAAAACGUUCAUAAAACUUUUAACAAAUAGUAAGAUUUUUUUUAAGUGUAAUAAAUAAGAUAUUGAAACAUUUAAAUCCUGGUAUGGGCCUCAAACAAAAUCAGUAAAAAAAACAAAAUUACCAGUUGUUAAAAGACACAUUUGAAGUUAUGUUUUAGUCUAAUGAUUAACAAAUAUGAAUUUACUUUGUUGAGCCGUUUGAAAUACAUUUCCAUUUUAUACUGAAAUAUUAUGGCUAAGAAAAGUACAUUGUGAGAUCUUCUUCCAUAACAUUGAUGCAUUAUUAUUGGUCGUUUCAAUAAUGUUUCCUCCUAGUUAAAUUGUGUAGAUAUUCAUCAUUUAAUUGUAUUACCUUUGCAGGAUUUAUACUAGACUAUGACGAAAAUUAUGAUUAACAACAAUUUGUGUAUACAUUAUUCCACGUGUAGUGUGAGAUGUGGUAUUUUGAAUGAGGUCGAAUACUCCCAUUAGAGAUACUCGCCCCGAGUUGCGAUUAGAUACAACAAUUUCAUUCGUUCAAGUAACAUGUCGCGAACAUACUGCGUGCGUUUAUCUGACACUUGCUUUGUUUGUGGAUACCAUUCUGAUUGCUUAUGUACCACAUAAAUCAAAAUAUGUUGAUGGCUAAUAUGAGUUAAAAAAAAAGAGACAGAAUAGAACGUUCAGAUAAGCGCAAAAUUUGUCAAUUGUAAAUACCAAAACCUUCUUUUGCCGUGCGAUAGAAGGCGCGGCUACCAAGCAAGACCAUGCUGAGGGUGGCUGGGUUUGAUUCCCUGUCCCGGUCUAGGGAAUUUUCGGAUUGGAAAUUGUCUCGACCUCCCUGGGCAUAAAAGUAUCAUCGUGUUAGCCUCAUGAUAUACGAAUGCAAAAAUGGUAACCUGGCUUAGAAACCUCAGCAGUUAAUAACUGUGGAAGUGCCUUAUGAACACUAAGCUGCGAGGCGGCUCUGUCCCAGUGUGGGGAUGUAAUGCCAAUAAGAAGAAGAAGAAAUUCCAAAACUUAGCGAUUUCGUUCAGCCAGGUUUUGUCUAAAAAUCAGAAAGACAUUGAAUUGAAUAAUUUUAACGACUUUUCGUUGUGAUAGCCUAGCUCAACUUGAUGUCAAUUCCCAUACAUUCGAUUUUCUUUCUCCACUUUAACACGAUAAUUAAUAUGAUAAAUGGCCUAAUCUGAAUAGUAUAUACAAUAGUAUAAUUUUACAUGUCCCAAAUUAAACAUUUACUGACCGUACUAUAGAAACAAUAUGUUUAGCCUUUCAAUGAAACAUUUUAGACAAUUCUAAAAAUAAGCCUAUUCAGAUUACGCCGUUUAUGAUAAUAAAUAUCGUGUUAGUGAAGAAAGAAAAUUGAAUUUAUGGGGAUUGGCAUCAAGUUGUUCUUUAUCAUGAUAUUUAUUAUUAUAAAUGGCAUAAUCUGAAAAUGCUAUUAGAAAUAUGAGCCUGUAUGUAAUUUGAAUCAAAACGGUGCUUAGAUGAUGGCAAAAAGAGUCGAAUUUCGUGAACAAAUAAAAAUCUUGAUUGCGUAUUUUCGUGAAUCCUUCGUCUAAAACGGAUUAACUUUAUUUUGGAUAAACACAAUACCGAUUAAACAAAUGUAGAUAUACUUACUUAAAUACUAACGAUUAACAUGUUCUAAUCAGUUUUUUUUUGUCAUCUUGCAAACUUAUUUUUGAGGCUUGUUUUCCUGCACUAGCUGUGGUUUCUGUGCCAGUACAAGGUCUGGGAGGUCUGAAUCAAACGUUGUUCGCGCCUAUUGCCUACAUAAGAAUUCUUGUUUUGGUGAGGUAGGCUAACAUUUCCACCGUUCACCGUAGCCAUCACCGUCUUCCACAUUGAGACGAAUUCAAUGAGUAGAGUAGGUGAUGUGCAUAUUGCGUAUAUUCGCAUUCAAAAUAAUUUUGGCAAAGCUGUUCCAAGUGUUCUUACAUUUUCAAUAUUUAACAUAAAGAUCGUAAAAACAGGAAUAGCCAAGUUUGUGGGUUGAUUUCCUGCCUAAAUAUCUUAAUUAGAGUCAUGUUAAAAUAAAAUUUAGCAUGAUAUUGAAUUUGUUUUCAUUAGUUCUAGCGGUGCAAAGUCCAGCCAAAACAUAUUGGAAUCAAUUUUUCGCUGCUAGCUACACGUAACAGCUAUCUGUCGCAAGCUAAUAGUUCUGCAUUGCACAUUCCACAAUCUUAACUAUAUAAAGUCUAAAUUAGGCAUAUUUGAAAUAGUAGAGCCUGGAAGGUAAUAUGCUUAGUGAAGCAUAUCGUCCCGUGAUGCCGGGUGGACACAUUUUCGUGGUAUGUUAUGGAGUAAAAUCUACCACGCUGUCCACACUGUGCUCUAUUUCUUAAUAUUUUUGGGACACGGCAGGUAUUUUCGUCUGUUCGUCAUAGUCUCGAAAACCAAUAAAAAAGACGUUUUUUUGUAAAACUCAUACGUACCAACUCGUAAGCUCAGGAGAAACGUUCUACUAUAGUGGAGUUCUAGCAAAUGUAUGUUGCUUUCGUUGGUUUUAGCCCCUACGACGAAGGACGGGAAUACCUGCCGUGUCCCUACUGGUCGGAAGAAUAUUGAACGGCUAUAAAUUUGCUUUUAGAUGACCCACCUUUUUAGAUGGAGUCAAUGGAUUAAAUUAUAAAAACGUAACUAAUAGGUGCUUAUAGCGUAUUCAGAUUACGCCAUUUAUGAUAAUAAAUAUCAUGAUAAAGAGUAAAUUGAUGUCAAUUUUCAUACGUUCAAUUUUCUUUCUCAUAUUUAAUACGAUAAUGAUAAAUGGCGUUAUCUGCAUAGGCUAUUAUGCUGCUUUCAAAGCUGACGACAUGAAUCUCAAAUCUCUAGAGCGCUCGUCAAGUAGGAAAGAAGUGGAUACAAAUUUGGUGGAUCUGCUGAAAAAAAAAAGUGUGUAAAUUGUGAUUGAAUAUUUUGAGAAUGUUUGACUAAAAUAAAGGCUGUUGUUAUGAAAAAAAAUUAUGAUCCUAUUGUUUUGUUUUGUUAAUCAUAUUGUUAAUAUUAUUCGAAUUUCUUUAUAAAAACUCGGAGCUUGAUCCUAAUAGACAACUCCUUUGUGGACAAUUUCAUAUAACAUCUUAAGUUUAAGGGAUGUAACUGAUUGAUUUUGAACGAGUUGUCUGUUACAAAUGAUUUACAACAGAUCAUUUACACUAGUAGUCUAUGGAUUAGUUCACAGUUUUAUUCAAUAUUACAUUGCUCUUAAUUUAGUAUCGUAAGCGAAAGGAUUCAUUAUUCAAUUUCAAUGUCAAUUAAUAUUGCAUUUUUUUUAUUAUCAAUCGACAUUCCCGAGCCUAGCAUAUGAUAGCAACUUGAUGUUAAACAAAGUAGCAUACUCUAUUUAGCAUUCGAAGGGUAAUUAUGUGUUAUUAUGAUUGCUUUUAUCUCAAUGAUUACAAUUGCCUCAAGUGACACAGAAAAGCUGUUAAUCAUUUAUUAGUCAUGAGUCCAUUUUUAUUAAUGUUUCAGUAGAUAUGACAAAGAGUAGGUAUAUGGAGUGAUUCCCAUUCCCAUUUGGAAAUCCAUCGGCAUUUUGUAUCAAAUAUGAACACGACUUAAAAUGCAUAAUUUAUUCAUCGAAUUUAUGUUCAAUUUUGUUAAAUACUUUGAAAAAUCGAAAAGGAAAUAAAAGGAUUAUUAUUUUUUCACAGAUUGCAAAAAAAAACUGGAAGUUAUUGUUCCUGUUUUGUUACAAAAUCUAGGCCAAUAUUUGAAAAGGGGAACGGAAUCAUUCCUGUUAUUCGUCCAUAUUAUGGAGCAUUGGUUGCUGUCUCCGACUUUUGCAAAUGUCGGGGUAUAUAGACGAAAAACAUUAUUUUUAUUUUUACUGUUUGCCCUUUCAAAUGUUAGUCUAUUAUUAUUUUGAUUAUAUAAGUAUAUUCGUUUUUCAGUUAAUCUAAAUUAUAUGAUAUCGGUUAAUACCUCACACAGGAAAAUGAUAUAAUUGGAGUAAACAUUUAAAAAAAUAUUUAAUACUCAUACCUACUUUUGUUCUAAUUAUUUUGUAUCUACCGAUAAUACCGACUAUUAUUUUAGUAGUAUGUUUUCCCGUGAACAAACAAGUAAAACAGCGUACAUCGAAAAGACGGUUAUAUAUGAUUAAGACUAUGCAUAUAAAUAAGCUGUUUAUAUUUUACUGAAAUACAGAUAACAUUUCAUUUUACA